UUAUAUUUCUCUCUUUCCAUCACUUCCUCUUCCCCCUCUUUUUCAUCUCCACUUUUCUCCUUCUGCUGCUGCGUCUACUUCUUUCUCUAUGAGUGACCAAUAUAUAAAGAAAGAAGAGCUAUGAAGAACACCAUCCGAUGCUGCAUCUCUUGCAUUCUUCCAUGCGGGGCACUCGAUGUGAUUCGAAUAAUACACUCCAAUGGCCGCGUUGAAGAAAUCAGUGGUUCCAUCAAGGCCAGCGAGAUCAUGAAGGCUCACCCUAAACACGUCUUGAAGAAACCCUCCUCUCCUUCCGACGAUGGGAUGGUCCCAAAAAUCGUCAUCGUCCCACCAGACGCAGAGCUCCAACGUGGGAAGAUUUAUUUCCUCAUGCCAGUCCCUUCAACACCCGAAAAAAACCGAUCAAAAUCUUCCUCAACAACCAAGAAGAAAAGAAGAGACAGCCUUGACAGCAGCAACAACAACAACAGCAACAGCCACAGCCAAAGCAUGAGCAACGCCAACAAGAACAACAACACAAUUUCAAUGACGAAUCUUUUGAUAUCAGAUCAGUAUUUAAGUGAGAUACUAUCAGAGAAGUUGUCGACGCAACGGGAUCGAAGAAGAGGCCGAGUUGGGGUGUGGAGGCCACACUUAGAGAGCAUCUCCGAGACGCCAAAUGAUGGUUGAUCAUCAUGAAGUACAAAUUUCUUCAUAUUUUUAUAUGAUUAUCUUUAGAGAAAAAAAAAGUACAUCCAUCCAUUAUUAGGGUUAAAGGAACAACAGCAUAAUUGUUUCUCUUUCUUUUUUGCAUUUCUUUUCUUCCCCUAUAUUAGUUUUCUAUUGAGUUUUGUAUAUAUAGGCAUAGAAGCAAAAUAAUGCAAGAGCAAAAAGACUGAGCUGUUAUUUGGAAAUUGUGGUGAUGAUUCUUACAACAAAGUUAUUAAGGGAUCUUGGGUUCGGAUGAUUUCCCACAUCUCUUUGAAGUAGUAAUUUUGUAAAUGCCGAGAGAGGAUUUGUUGAGUUUCUUUUCUAAUCUUUUUUGUGGGGAAGUAAUUAUUAUCCGAAGGGAUGAUUGAUGAAAUAGAGUGAGAGAUGUUAGUUCUGCGAUUGAGCACUAAGAAUAAAUUUGGUUUAUAUGAAUUGAAUAAGAUUUUGAUUCUUAGGUGAUAUGAUGUAUGAUGGUGCCAGCGGAAUAUUAAUAAUCGAUCAUCAUGUUAUGACAUUUUUGCCCAUAGUUUUUAUCAAGAUAUGGUUAUUCAUAGAUGUUUUCUUCUCA